AAUAAAAUUAUUUCAUUAAAAAACAUAAUUAAUAUCUUGAAAGACUAGGUGGGAUGAAAAUUUUAAACAUUAAGGUAUCAUGGAUGCAAAUCAAUGCAUAAAUUAAUAAAAUUGAUUUUCAUGAAAUCAGACAUGGCAAUUAUUUUGAAACGCAUCAACUGCAAUUAUAUGAUAAAAUAUCAUAUAAAAAUGUGUCAGGAAUUUUGUCUUUUUUUUUUUUUUUCCUAAUUAGGGGAAAAACAGAUCUAAAGAAGCAAUUUGAUUUUUCAUAAUAAUUUUACUACUUCAUAGUCAAAAAACAAGAGCUGAAACAUCAUCAGUCAAAUCAAAACUUUACCAAUUAUAAGUACCUAACAUCAUUGACUUUAUCAAACUCAAAAACACAUAGUUUUCUUGAUUGUGUUGUCUGAGAAAUUUUUGUAAGCAAAUCAAGAUUCAAUAUUCAGAAUAAGCAGCUAUGUCUUUGGCAACUUCUCAGCUUUCUUGUUUCUCUUCAAUUAAAGGCGGAUUAGUACAGUUUCAUAGUCGACCAUUGUACCCAUGUUCUACUUUUCCCCUAAAGGUAAUUGCUAUGAGUAGUGAUGGGCAUGGCGCAGAUGAAUCCAGUUUAAAGGGCAGGGCCACUUUAAGUUAUGCAACAGAUUCUUCAAAAUCACUUAAUGGGACUUCUUCAAACUCAUAUUCUGCACCAGAAGAACACGUUGCGGGGAAAGAAAUAAAUGAGCCAGUGCAAGAGAACACCAGCAGCGAGCCAAAAAGGGCAGCAAAAAUUCAUGAUUUUUGUUUAGGAAUUCCCUUUGGUGGUCUUGUUUUCACGGGGGGACUUAUUGGUUUUAUAUUCUCAAGAAAUCCUGCCACAUUAGGCAGUGGUGUUCUUUUCGGAGGUUCAUUAUUGGCUCUCAGUGCCAUUAGCAUGAAGGUGUGGCGGGAAGGGAAAACUAACUUUCCAUUCAUAUUGGGUCAAGCAGUACUUGCUGUGACCCUUCUGUGGAAAAACAUGCAGACCUUCUCACUGACAGGAAAAGUGUUCCCUACUGGCUUCUUCGCUGCUAUCAGUGCUGCAAUGUUCUGCUUCUACUCUUAUGUGAUACUAUCUGGAGGUAAUCCACCACCUAAGAAGUUGAAGGCAUCUGCAUCAGACGCGUAUUAGUGAAAAUCUCAAAAGCUCGGCAACAAUCAAUGUCGACAGUUUUGCAGUGAGCAAAAUCUGUUAAUUUACGCGAGUUUCAUACUACUGGUAAUGAGGAAAGUGAGCGAAGUUUCGAUGAUAUUGGUCUUGGAAUGUAGAAUGAUUUUGCUAAUGUCAUAAGAGUUAGUUCAUUAGCAACUUGUUAAUGGCACAAUGAGUGUUAUGAUAGUUUGGAUUAUACAAAUUAUUACUUAUGGAUCAUCUUAAGUACCUAAACAUAGAAUGCACACCUUUUUUUUUUCUUCA